AAUUACUAAUUUGUUUAUUUAGGGUAAAAAAAACAAAGUUAACAUAAAGAGAGGGUAAUGGAAAUGAGAGCCACACAAAAUAGAGAGUUGAUCAAUAAAGUGAUAUGAAGAUGAAGAUGAUGAUGGUGUCAUAGCCAUGGCUUCUACUCUCACUUUCACUCCCUCCAUCACCACCACAUCCCGUUCCUAUCUUUCACACACCAAACACAGUUUUCGAUAUCCCAUAGUUAAGUUACAUUCUUUCAACAAUAAUAACUGUAAUAACAACCGUGUUUCCUUCAAGGUUUCAGCUUCAUCUUCAUCUUCUUUUCAAGCUCUCAUAUUUGACUGUGAUGGUGUCAUCUUAGAAUCAGAGCAUUUACAUCGUCAAGCUUAUAAUGAUGCAUUUCUUCACUUCAAUGUUCGUUCUCCUUCUUCUUCUUCUCAACCACUCAACUGGGAUAUUCAAUUCUAUGAUCAACUUCAGAACCAAAUUGGUGGUGGCAAACCCAAAAUGCGAUGGUACUUUAAGGAACAUGGUUGGCCUUCAUCAACGUUAUUCGAAACACCUCCAACUAAUGAUGAACAACGAGCCGAGUUAAUUGACACUCUUCAGGAUUGGAAGACAGAAAGAUACAAAGAUAUAAUCAAGUCCGGCUCCGUAAAACCUAGACCAGGAGUUUUGAGAUUAAUGGAUGAAGCCAGAGAUGCCGGAAAAAAGCUAGCUGUUUGCUCUGCAGCAACUAAAAGUUCGGUUAUUCUUUGUCUUGAAAACCUUAUUGGAAUCGAGCGCUUUCAAAGCCUCGAUUGCUUCCUUGCUGGUGAUGAUGUGAAGGAAAAGAAGCCCGACCCAUCAAUAUAUUUGGCAGCAUCAAAGAAGCUGGGUGUAUCCGAGAAAAACUGCUUGGUCGUAGAGGAUAGUGUUAUUGGUUUACAGGCAGCAUCAAAAGCAGGGAUGUCCUGUGUGGUUACCUACACAUCUUCCACAGCUGAACAGGAUUUCAAAGAGGCAGUAGCAAUCUACCCUGACUUGAGUAACGUAAGCUUGAAAGAUUUGGAGUUACUACUUGAAGAUAUUGUAGCUGCUAAAUAGGAGAAUUGUAUAUGACUUGGAAAUGUGACUAUAUAAGUUGCGCUGAAUUGGUUGGUUUCUAUGAGGAAAACGGGUUGAAAGUUUGAGGUUUAUCAGAAGGCUAAGGUCUUGUUGUUUAUACAUGUUUUUUUAUGUAUUCAUUGACAGCCGAUGUAUACAUGGACAUAAUGUGGGUUCAAUUCAUUGCAAAAUGUAAUAUAAUUCAGUAUCCAUUGUUUGUAUUUUCAA